AUCCUGUGUGCUCUCACUCCGAGUCUCGAAGAGCAGUACACUACCUACUACAGAAUACACGUUGUAAUAAAAAGCAGAAUACGUCGCGAAAAAGGGCAGCCAGAUCAGUGCCCGUCUGUCCUGUCAGGGGGGAGCCGCGUCCACUAUUUGUCUCCUCUUCAGACCCCUUCCUUGCCUCACGCACCUCUCUUCGGCUUUCACGGAACAUCGAUUCUUCAAACGCCCCCACAAGCUCUCCGCCGCAGCCUCACUCAUGCACUCGGCUUCUGGACAGACCACGCAACUUCUUCCUGUGCUGUCUGUUGUCCAGCUCGGCGAUUGGUUGUGACAUCAUCCCACUGGCGAUACAUCUGGCACUGGCAUUGGCUGUGUCAAUCCUCCGCGUGUGACCUCGCUCGACCGACCGCAUUGCUCCCCAACCUAACUCCCGGCCGACCGAUCGUGCUUCGUGCCCGUUUCCUCCAAGCUCCCGGUCCGGCUUCUCGAUCCUGUGUGUCGCACCCUUCGCCGACCGCCAACACCGCCAAGCUGUCUUCCCCAAUCCUCAUACCACGCACCGUCUCUUACGACGCGGGCGCCAAUCCUCCGCGUCGUGGAUCCACGCACGGAAACAUGGCAGACAAGGCCGGCCGAAGAAGGAGGUCUAGUAGUAUCCUCCAGGUCUACCAUGAGCCACCAGAGCCGAUUGAGCAACUGAGCGACCAGUCUGCCCUGCCGAACCUGAACGCCAACUGGGUCAAUGCUAAAGGUGCAUGGACAAUUCACUUUGUCUUGAUCUUUGGCCUCAAGAUCUUCUACGACAGUCUCCCCGGCGUUUCACAGGAGACAUCAUGGACGUUGACCAACAUCACGUACAUGUUUGGCUCCUACAUCAUGUUCCACUACGUCCGCGGCGUGCCAUUCGAGUUCAACGGCGGAGCGUACGACAACCUGAACAUGUGGGAGCAAAUUGAUGAUGGAGCCCAGUACACGCCCGCCAAGAAGUUUCUCCUGAGCGUCCCCAUUGUGCUCUUCCUCCUGAGUACGCACUAUACGCACUACGAUUUGGCCUAUUUUACAAUCAACUUUCUCGCUGUUCUGGGAGUCGUAAUUCCAAAACUGCCCGUCAGUCACCGCAUGCGCGUUGGACUGUUUUCGGGAGUGCCUGAAGAUUAG